AAAAAGGAAGAGGUGUGGCUUGUACGUUGUUCUCGGAGAUAGAGACUGUUGUUGGUUGUUUUUCGAGAUUUUUACACGUAAGACAAGAAAUAGGAGACGUAAUCGUUAGCGAGAGGUCACAAGCGCUAAUUUAAGUAUCGGUUGGAUCAAGACUCGUCAUUUAAAGCAUCGCUUAUAUCGUUUUCAGGAGGUUCUAGGUCAAGAAAAGGAUGCUGCUGUUGCAGACACAAAUGCUGAAAUUUAUGUUGCGUUUUUUCAAAAUAAGAAGCCUUGUCUUUAGCCGAAUAUGUCAAUCUCGACCGAGUCAUUUUCAAAUCGAAUGAUUUUUCAUUGUACAAAGUAUUUUAUUUCUGUCCCGCACCGUGCGUAGACGCCAGAGCAUUUUUAGCUUGCAUUGUGUUGUUAGGUGGACAACAACUUCGCAAACCGAUCUGUUUGUGAGCCAAACCUAACUUACUAAGUUUCUGUAUUCGCCCAGAAUUAUUAUUAUUAUUAUUAUUAUUUGGAAAGUGGCAGUACAACAGUAAAGCUAUGAAGCUUUUAGAGAAUUCCCGUUUUGAGGCAUUGAGCUCCCAGCUGUGUGUUGAAACUGGAGACUCCCACAUCCUAGGCAGUAGGAUUGAGAGCUACUCAUGCAAGAUGGCUGGUGAUGACAAGCACAUGUUUAAGCAGUUCUGUCAGGAAGGGGAGCCACAUGUUCUGGAAACGCUGUCACCCCCUCAGUCCAGCAGUGCUCCGAGCCCUAACCUCUUGGGGAAGAGUGGGGAGGACGGAGAGAACCCACUAAGUGAUAAGUGUUGCAGGAAGACCUUGUUCUACCUUAUCACCACCCUGAACGAGUCGUUCCGGCCCGAUUAUGAUUUUAGUGCUGCCCGUGCCCAUGAGUUCAGCCGAGAGCCCAGUGUUAACUGGGUGGUUGAGUCUGUUAAUAGCAGCCUUUAUUCUGCUGUGGGGGAGCAGUUUAACUCCUUAGGCCCAGAACUGUGGAAUGUCAUUGAUCAUGAGAUAAACCUGCAGAGCUGUGACAUCUAUAGCUACAACCCAGACCUUGACUCUGACCCGUUCGGUGAGGAAGGCAGCCUGUGGUCCUUCAAUUACUUCUUUUACAACAAGAAGCUUAAACGCAUUGUAUUCUUCACUUGCCGCUCAGUCAGUGUUCUCAGUAGUUAUGGUCGCAGUGGUCUUAACAAUGAGUUGGACAUGGAGCUGGAUGAUGAAGAGGAAGUGGACAACUUCAUGGAAGACAGGUUCCCCCGAGCUCUGUGCGUCUAAAGCUUUCUCAGGGAUGACAACCUGUGCUUCAGCCGAAUGACCUCUCCUUUGCACACAAUUCCUUCUGUCUUUUUUGAGGGGGAAAACAAUGCCCACUUUAUUUUCUGGGGUUUUUU